AUGAAAUUGGUUGAUAUUUUACUUGUACUGAGUGCGGCAGCAACCACUAAUGCAAUAUUGAUACCGAUUGAUAACAAUGGUUCACCACAAGCAUCAAGCACUUCCAGUCAAGUGUCCAGCCCAACCAAUGAACCUAAUCCAGGCACUUCCGACGACUGGCAACGUAUAAUGGAUGCAAUUGAUUUAAGCCUUUCGGACCAAGACUGGCAAGAAAUAAUUGAUCCAAUUGAUUCAAACACCUCUAAUGAAGACUGGAAACUCAUAAUGAAUGAAAUCGGUUUAAGCACUCCUGAAGACUGGCAAGAAAUAAUUGAUGCAGUCAAUUCAAAAAAUUAUGACCAAGACCAACAACAACUAAUGGAUGAAUCCAGUCCAGACAUUUUCGACCAAGACCAGCAACAAUCAAUGGGUCAACCCAGUCAAAGCACUUUUGACCAAGACCAACAACAACUAAUGGAUGAAUCCAGUCCAGACAUUUUCGACCAAGACCAGCAACAAUCAAUAGAUGUAGCUAAUUCGAGCACUUACAAAGAAUACUGGAAACGAUUAUCUGAUAUAAUUGAUUCAAGCACUUCCAAACGAGGUCAAAAACGACCAAUUGAUGAACUGGGUCCAAGCACUUCCAAACGAGGUCGGAAACUCAUAACCGAUGAACCCAUUCCAGACAUUUCUAGCCAAACUUCUGGUUCAACCAGUGAGCCCAGUCCAAGCACCUUUAGCCAAGCGUCUGGUCCAACUAAUGAACCCAGUCCAAGCACUUCUGACGAAUAUUGGAAACCAUUAUUUGAUAUAAUUAAUCCAAAUAUUCCCAGUCAAGAUCAACAACAACCAAUGAACGAAGGCGAGUCUGCCAAUACUGUUACAAAUCAAAUAGCUGGGUUAAGCCGAAAAUUUCAGAGAACCUUUGAUGGUUUAAAGAAAAGAUUUGUAGCGUCUAAAAUAAUACGAGACAAAAAACUCGAAGAAUAUCGUAAAUACAUGGCCCUUAAAUUCGAACAAUGGUCAGCGUUAGCAAGGGGAGAAGAAAUAUCAGAGUCAACGUACGAUCCAGACGCUGAAAAGAAAUUGAAACACGAGUAUGAACAGGCAAGGAAAAGAGUACCCGAUAUCAGACAUAAAUUGAAAGCGUUUAUCAGAAAGCAUGGUUUGAGAUUGGAAGAACCGAAUUAA